CCAGAGGUUCCUUUCAGCAGCUCAAUCACACCGCUGGAGUGAAAGCCCUGGCUGCAUUAACAGCACACAAAUGCACUGGAGUGGGAUUGGCUCCUAGGAGCUGAACAGCAUGCUGUGCUUGGAACAUGACGUCCAGGAGCUCUGGAGGUGAUAAAGACAGGAUGAGCUGGAAGAGGCAACAGGAGCGGCGCCGGCAGAGGGCUCGGCAGCACGAGCUGCUCCCGGCAGAGAUCCAGGGCAAGCACCCCCUGCAGAACAGAUGGGCACUCUGGUUUUUCAAGAAUGACAAGAGCAAGAUGUGGCAGGCAAACCUGCGCCUCGUCACCAAGUUCAGCACUGUGGAGGACUUCUGGGCGCUGUACACUCACAUCCAGCUCGCCAGCAAGCUCGCAGCUGGCUGUGACUACUCCCUCUUCAAGGAUGGCAUUGAGCCCAUGUGGGAGGACAGCCAGAACAAGCGUGGUGGGCGCUGGCUCAUCACCCUGGCCAAGCAGCAGCGGCACACCGAGCUGGACCGCUUCUGGCUGGACACACUGCUGUGCCUCAUUGGGGAGAUGUUUGAUGAGUACAGCGACGAGGUGUGCGGGGCCGUCAUCAACAUCCGCACCAAGGGGGACAAGAUUGCCAUCUGGACCCGGGAGGCGGAGAACCAGGAAGGGGUCACCCACAUUGGGCGAGUCUACAAGGAGCACCUGGGCCUGUCACAGAAGGUGGCCAUCGGGUACCAGGCUCAUGCAGACACAGCCACCAAGAGCGGCUCCCUUGCCAAGACCAAGUUUGUGCUGUGACUGUGCGGAGAGCGGGGAGCUGCCUAUGAAGUCCCCAUGUUCUGUCUCACAAUAAAUUUCUGCAUCUCAGCAUGAUCUGUGUGUCCAGGGCCCUUGGCAACCUGGGGUGGCCCCUGUUUGUUGGGGACAUUUCCUGGGAGGGAGAUGAUGUGCCAAAUCCUGGCCCCUCCAUUCAGGGUGGCAUCACAGUCAGCUUGGGACAUUGCACAUGUCCCCUCACCUCCCCUACAGCCUGGGACAGGUGCCCCCCUCCCUGAGGCUGUGGGGGUGUUUCCUGUGU